AUGCGUGGAUACCUUUUGAGGAACAGAGGAGGAAGGAAAUCGUUGUUAAAGUGGCUUACUUUAACAUCGAUGAAAUUAUAUUUUCUCUUCAUAUUAACAGUAUCAAUGGGAAAAGUACCAAAGGUCUUCGCACACUCUUCUACAGACGGUCGGGAGAUUCUGCUUCCGGACCCUCCCAACGAUCAUAAUAGGGGUUGGAACACUGGCUGCAGAAUGAGCGUCACCCUUUCUGAAAAAAGAGAUUUUCAUGUUUAUAAAACUCAAAUAAAUGAGUCUUCUCCUUUGCCCUCUCCCUCAUCAGCUCUGUUCGAUUCAUUGCUCAAUUCAUCAUCCUGUCCGUCUCCCACCACUGGAAGAUUUGAGUCCUCCAAUUCAUUCGAAACUUUUGAAAAUAAGUCUAAUGAUGCUUUUGAGAGCAUUGAAGUGGAAGCUGUCACCAAAAACUCUAUCGAUUCAUCAAAUGUUAUUAAAAAUGAUAUGACAGAAGAAUACACCACCACCUCAUCAAUAUCAGAAAGAAACCAGGUCGACUAUUACCCCUCAGUUGGGGUGAGAACUUCAGAAGAUGGAUAUAAUUGGAGAAAAUAUGGACAAAAACAGGUAAAGGGUAGUGAAUAUCCCAGGAGUUAUUAUAAAUGUACACAUCCAAAUUGUCAGGUGAAGAAGAAAGUGGAAAGAUCACAUGAUGGUCAAAUAACAGAAAUCAUUUAUAAGAGUAAUCAUAAUCAUGCAAAACCUCAGCCAAACCGUAGAGCAGGAGUUGGAUCAUCAUCAGCAGCAUUGUUUUUUGAUGAAAUGCUUGAACUAAGUGGAGGAACUGGGAUUUCGGUUAAAGUUGAAGGUGGAUCAUCUUUGGAUAGGAAGAACAAUCAUCAUGAUGGUACCAAUGAAAUUACAGGAACACCAAAUGAACUUUCUAAUGGUCCUUUAUCAAGUAUCCAUGGAAAAUCCAUUGAAUUGGGAGAAAAUACUCCUGAGGUUUCAACUACAGUUUCUUCUAGUCAUGAUGAUGAAAAGGGGAACAUGUUGCUUAGGGGUGACGGACUUGAUGAUGAAGAACCUGAAGCAAAAAGAAGGAAGAAAUUGAACUGCUCAUCAAUUGAAACAACAACUUUGCCUUCAAGGGCUGUUCGAGAGCCAAAAAUUGUUAUCCAAAUAGAAACUGAUGCAGACAUACUUGAAGAUGGUUACCGGUGGCGUAAGUAUGGUCAAAAAGUUGUUAAAGGAAAUCCAAAUCCAAGGAGCUACUACAAAUGCACAAGUGCUGGAUGUAUAGUAAGGAAGCAUGUGGAGAGAGCCUCAGGCGAUCUAAAAGCUAUUAUUACAACAUAUGAGGGAAAACACAACCAUGAUGUGCCUGCUGCUAGAAACAGCAAUAACCAUAUCAACUCAGCUGGACCUAAUAAUCCACAACCUAUAACACAAACUCCUAUCAAUUCUCACCCAAGAAACACCAACAUUCCAAAAGCUGAAACACAAAUUCAUGGUCUUACGCCUUUGUUUGACAGAAAACCAGAAUUUUGUAACAAUGAUUUUUUGAGGCCAAAUUUUCCUGGGAAUUUCAGUACUAGUGAUUUCAGAUAUGGACCUUCUUCCUUUUACCAAAUGAACAUUCCUUUACAAAAUCCCAUGACUUAUGGACUAAAUCCUAGCCGCCCUGCAACUGAACAUGUUGUUGGUACUUCUGUUGGGUCUUUCUUGCCAGACUUUCCGGCGUCUUUUCCCAUCAGUUUUCCAAAUAUUGGUUUUGACUACAACAGUGGAAAAUCUGUUGUUGCUGCAACAGUUCAUGAAAAUGGCACAAGGUUUAUUCAACCUAAACAAGAACGAAAUGACGAUGAAAUCAUUUAUGAUGCUAAUACAACAUCAUCAUCAUCAUCAUACGACCGGAUCGUUGGAAGAUUUUAGUAGUUUUUUUUUUUUCUUUUUCUCCAUCUCCAAGAAGUUUGUAAAUGAGGCAAGGCAAAUAUAUACGAUUUCGGGUCAAGUCUACCGGUGAAUUUCUAAUUUCUUCUUGGAGCUUCAAAAUUCACCAAAUGGAACAUGGGUGGUGGCGUUUGGAUGGUAGCAAUUUACUGUGUUCGGUUUCGUUUUCUGCUUACAAAUUACAUUAAAAAUUGGUCGAAAAGCCUUUAUUUUAUGAGCUAUUAUUAUAUAGCAAUUUUGGGCUCAACUCUACAAUUUUACUUUGCGCUUUGGCAGACCAGGUUUUGUUUUACAUGUGACAUAAAUAAAGAUACAUUUUUCUUUUGACAUCUUGUUCUUCUCCCCUUAAACAGGUACAUUUCUUUUUACAUUUAUUUAUUCACUUGUUAAGGUUAAUAGAGCGAAUAAAAAAAAAUACUUGUGGGAAUUUUGUGUUUUUGGGUUAGUCAAGUCACUUUCUUGAAUUUCAAGCAAAAAAGAAAAUUCUUACAGAUUUGGACAAGACAGGUGGAAUAUAUUUCAGUUAAGGUAUUUCGUUACUUACCUAAGUACUUUUUUGACAACUUGUAACUCUUUAACACACUCAUGUUUUCAUUAAUACAUUUUGAAGAUCAUUCAUUCUCUAAAAUUUCUCUCGUUCAUUUAUUUUAUCAGGACUGUGAAGUGCCGUGAUCAUUGACAAGCUGCUGAAGGUCUUUAAUGGAGGAAAACUUUCCUUAAGAGCUUGAUGUCAAGCUCAAUUCUUCGAACUUUCUUUCAUGGCAGAAAAAGAUUCUAGAAAUUGUGCAUCGUUACGAGCUUGAGAAGUACCUAUUUGGUCCAAGCACAGCUACCCCCAAAUAACCUUCUGAAUAAUGAAGAUGAAUUUCUUGGAAAAUAUCAACCAAAAAUUCUUGAACUUGGAACAGGACAACCAGCUUCUGAAUUUACUGUUAUCCUCCAUGACUGGAGAGCUGAAGCUCAAAUGGCGGGUAAUGAAAGUGCCAGAGAUGUUUGGAAUGCUCUGAAGUUUUGUUCGAAUCACAAAAUCAAGACCAGUGUUUACAAGAAAAGACAAAAAUGGCAUCAUCUUCAGAUAUUGAGGGAAAAAACUCACUUGGGUUUGAUGAAAAAUCAGAAGCGGAAAGAAGGUAAUAUUUUCAUUGUAGAUAAUUAUAUUCUGCAUUGUUCCUCUCUCAUUCACAUGAAGAAAUUGAACUGCUCAGUUGGGGCUAGAACUUCAGAAGAUGGAUACAAUUGUAGAAAAUAUGGACAAAAACAGGUAAAGGGUAGUGAAUAUCAGAGGAGUUAUUGUUAAUGCACUCAUCAAAACUGUGAAGAGAAGAGUGGAAGUAUUAUAUGAUGGUCAAAUAAAAGAAACUACUUAAGAGAGUAAUCAUAAUCAUGCAAAACCGCUUCCAAACUGUAUAGCAGGUCUUGGAUCAUCAUCAUCAUCAUCAUCAUCAGAAGCUGCUUUCAUUUGACGAAUAAAUGCUUGAUGUAAGUGGAGGAGGUAUGAUCCAAACAACAGCUUUGCCUUCAACGGCUGUUCGUGAGCCAAAAAUUGUUAUCCAAAUUGAAACUGAUUUAGACAUACUUGAUGGUGGUUACCGCUGGCGAAAGUAUGGUAAAAAAGCUGUCAAAGGAAAUACAAAUCGAAGGUUUAUUUCCUUUAUAGGGUUUCAUUAGUCAUACUUCUAUUGGGUCUUUCUUGCUGGACUUUCCAGCUUCUUUUCCCUCCAGUUUUCCAAAUUUUGGUUUUGACUACAAUAGUGAAAAAUCUGUUAUGCCUUAUGGCUUAUGGAUCUACAUUUGCAACUCAACAAAGCAGUACUUCUUUA